ACGUUGGUGGAGCGCCGCACAGAUGUGUCUCCAACAGCACCCUGGAGAGGCUCGUUGGGAAUGGACAAGCAAAAUAUUUUACGCCCCUUCCUUUGACAGAAUGGGGACUAUCACAGGGCAGCGUCAACUCUCACAUAUAUAAUCCCAUAUGCCAGUGGUUGAGAUCAAUUGUUUGGGGGUAGGAUUAUGUGAGGUGUUGUGUUGUUGGAGGUGCGUCUUGGUCAAUUUUUACGAAGGCUGUAUUUCUGAGUUAAUCUUCACUCUGCCUAAUGAGCUGACCAGCGGUAAUUCCCCAUGCAGUCUGCAGAAUAUAGGGGCCCAUUUCGACUACUUUAAAAUUGCAUCCUUACUCCCUCUCCUUUAGUUUAUAAUUUAUUUGACAAAGUUUGAAGUUAAAAUCUAUUUAGUGGGUCACUAAUUUACUUUAUUCAAUCCCAUCAUGUCAAAUCAGUGAUCGCCAUCAAGGAACACGGCCCAUUUCCUCAUUUGAAAUGAGGAAAUGGGCUUGCAAUGUCCCCCCCUCGCGCCCACCCCGGCAGGCACCACCGAUUGUUGACAAAGACACCGCGAGACAGAAGAGAGCCCUAGUCUUGGUUUUUAGCAUUACGCCAUCGGAGGCCUACGGAGAACGGGAAAGCAGCGCAAACGUCUUGAAAACCGACCGUGAGUCACUAGUACGGCUUUGUGUGUGUCGGUGCAUGGUAUAUUUCAUUUAGCCAUCCCAGACAGUUGGCCACCUCCAUCCGCUCAUUUAAUUCCUCUCCCUCCCCGUGUUACCCAUUAUCAUAUUAUGCUAAUGUAUACCCGCUAACCCGCGAGACCUGCUCCGUUAUGACAGCUUUCCGUCUUUCUUUGUGUCUGUCUGUGUGGUUUUCGCCCCCUCCUUUCGCUACCAACCGGAAGGUGUGGUCGGCUCGAGGCGAUUCGUAAUCGUUACCUAGUGGUCGGACCGCAGACCUCGCCGCGUGAAGAAGAGGACACCUCCGGCGAACCACAGCCACCUUUACCUACCCACCGACAGAAUGAUCACGGCGGGUCGGGCUGGGUUGGUGUCGGUGUGAUUUAACGUAUCUCAAGGAGUCUUCCGUACCUAGAAGAACCAAGAGGCCGGGGUCUAGGCGAGAUCUGGCCGGGCAUGGUGUGAUCUGAGUCGGGCUGCCAGUCUGGAUCUGACCGGUGACCACCCGUCCUUUCCCCGGAGCCUUUGUGGCUCCAAGCCGCGUCCAGAGCACUCCAAGAUGGGGAAUUGUGACGGGAGAUGCACGUUGGUGGCGAUAUGUUCACUGCAGCUGAUGGCAGCACUACAGAGACAGGUGUUUGACUUCCUGGGCUACCAGUGGGCUCCUAUCCUGGCCAACUUCCUCCAAAUCAUGGCCGUCAUACUGGGGAUCUUUGGAACCGUGCAGUUCAGAUCCCGCUAUCUCAUACUGUAUGCAGUGUGGUUGGUGCUGUGGGUGGGAUGGAACUCCUUUAUCAUCUGUUUCUACCUGGAGGUGGGACACUUGUCUCAGGACAGGGACUUCCUGAUGACUUUCAAUACGUCGCUGCAUCGGUCAUGGUGGAUGGAGCAUGGCCCUGGUUGCCUAGUAACACCAGUGUUGGACUCCCGCAUUGCCCCUGAUGACCACCAUGUCAUCACCGUCUCCGGCUGUCUCCUUGACUACCAGUACAUUGAGGUGUUGAGCUCUGCACUACAGGUCUUACUGGCUCUCUUUGGCAUUGUGUAUGCCUGCUACGUGAGCAAAGUCUUCCAGGAUGACGAGGAUAGCUUUGAUUUCAUUGGUGGCUUUGACUCCUAUGGUUACCAGCCUCCUCAGAAGACCUCCCACCUCCAACUGCAGCCCCUCUACACUGCUGGGUAGGUGAAGGUGGCGCACCUAUCAGACAAUACCUCAGCAGGGAAGCGGAGUCGCCAUGGGAAUAGAACAUUCACUCUGUGUGUCACAGUACAACUGAACGAUAGACUCACCUGUGUGUGUAUGUGAAACCGUGUGUGUAUGUGUUAACCAAGGCUAAACUGACUGACACCCCUGAGGUGAAUGUACCAGCAGUUCUAGGGGGAAGCAGGGGGAGAUGGCAGGGAGACACUGGGCGUGGUCACAUCCUAAUGGACACUGAGGAUAUUGAGAGGACACUGCACCUACCGGCUCUCCACAUUCCUGCGACCCUGUGUGUGUGUGUGUGUGGCGCUACAGGACUAGCUGGAUGACCUCGGAACUAUUGUGGAGGGGGCCUCGAAGUCACAUGGGGCACAGCUCUUCAUGUUGUCGUUUUAGAAUGUGAUGUCGUAAUAGAACAGUUGAAUGUCGAAUUCCAAGCCUGUCCCUAGUUCUGUUGUGACAGGGUGACUCUGUUUAAACACAAUCACGGCAAAAAUGGACUGGUUAGGGAUUGGGCUUUAGUGUCUCUGGGUAAAGAUAUGGGGGAUUCUGUGCAUGUACAUAUCUGGCUGAUGAAUGGUUGUUGCUUUUGUUUGGUGAUGAGGGGGUGAUCGUGUAGCCACGUCCCUUUACAUUUCUCCUCUCACCUUUAGACGACCCAGGGAGAAUCUCAAUUGCAUACUUCUCGCAUACUCUCCUCGCCUCCUUCUCAAAACCAAUUGGAGGAGAAUGUUCAAGGGGAGUGACCUCUGGCUUUCUCAUCCAAUGGGUUUUGAAAAGGAGGCCAGGAGAGAGAUGAUGUGAGGAGUAUGUAAUUGAGCUUCUCCCCCAAUGUCCUCCUUGACUUUGGGGGAGAAUGCGUCCUUCCUCACACCCUACUAUCCUUCCUUUUAUUCUCUCCUUACACUUCAUUCACUCCCUCUUUCCUUCCAUCCAUCCCUAAAGAUACAGUAUCACUGGUCUGACCUGAUGAUAUUGAUGAAAGGAAUAUAUGAAGGACACUGAUUUAUUUCACCAACAUACAAUAGGUCUGGUCAGGGAGUGUUUCCAGGAAGAGAGGAGAGGAUAGGAGGGCUGUAUUUCUGAAGUGGUUUACUUGGAUGAGACAGGUGUGUGUGUGGGGGGGGGGGAGAAAUAAAGAAACUUUCUAAAUGAAA